AUGAGACUUUUAGCAACUUAUCUAUUCACUUUUAUAGACUUAUUUUUCUCGUUCUCUAGCGCAAAUGCAGAUGCACUCAACAAAUUCGGUGGCAAUACCCCCAUUUCCGCGUACACCCCACAUUCCAUCAAAGCAACGCUUUCCCCCAAUCUUUCCUCAUCUGCUUCAGUCGUCCUCCCAGGCGACGCAGAGUACGAAGAGCUAACAACAAAAUACUCUGAUUACAACCGUCCCACAUACUCUGCUGUCGUCGCGGUAGCCUCAAUCGAAGACGUCGUGGCAACAGUCAAAUACGCGCGCGCAAACAAUAUCCCCUUUCUCGUGCAAUCCGGGGGACACAGUUUAACGACCUCCACACAGGUCACACAAAAUUCCAUCCAAAUUAAUAUGCGGAGGCUCAGCUAUACUCGGUUUGAUGGGGAAAGAGGCCCAGAGUACGCAGUUGUCGGGGGCGGAACUCUGACGGGAGAAUUUGCGAAUGCGACACAUGCCAAACAUAGAGAAGUUACUGUUGGAUCCUGCCCCUGCACAGGCGUGAUGGGGAUCGGCCUGGGUGCAGGAAUCGGCCGACUCCAGGGGAUGUACGGAUAUUUCAUGGAUAACAUCGUUGAGCUCACGCUCGUGCUAUAUGAUGGGUCCAUUGUGUCUGUGUCCGAGACCUCCAACACAGAUUUAUGGUGGGCCGUUCGAGGCGCAGGGCACAACUUCGGCGUUGCCGUGGAGGCAGUCAUCAAGACGCAUCCGCAGCUCAAUGCUGGCAAGCACUUCGUCGCGGAUAUGGAAUUCCCCGUCUCACGUACCGCAGAGCUCUUCCAGCUCAUGAAUGAGAUCUCGACACCAGACCUCCCGCCCGAACUUGCAUUCUUUAUAACGGCGCACUACAGGGGAAAGUCGGGGAAGCCGAUCAUCAACAUUGACUUUGUCUGGCAUGGCCCCCGUGAAGCGGCACUGUCCUACCUGCAACCUUUUCUCGACCUAUCUCCAAUUUUCAAGAAGGAAGAAUAUGUAACCUGGGAUUCACUGCCCUGGGUAACGUACCUUGAACUCAACAAUAUCCUUUGCUCACAGCCAGGUGGGCAAAGAAAUUUCUACGCUGCAAAUGCCGCGACAUACGACAUCUCUGCGAUGGUCAGCUUGUUUGAGGAUUGGGAGAAGACAUCCAAGGAAUAUGCCGGGCGUGCAACCCUUCUGCUUAUGUUCCAAACAUUUGGCCAGGGCAAAGUACAGGCCGUAGAGGCCGAUUCGAGUGUUUUCCCAUGGAGGGAUGGGGCGAAGCAUUUCUUAAUCGUCCAAGCAACAUAUAAAGACCUCUCCCUGCGCAUGACGCUCGACAGGUGGCUCAAGGCAGCGCAGAACCUCAUCAUCGAGAGCAGCGGGUACGGUCGGCUGCAGCAAUACGUAAACUACGGGCAUGGGUUUGCCGACCCGGCGGAGAGUUUGUAUGGGUAUGAUGGACGAAUGCCGCGAUUGCUCGAGCUCAAGGAUAAGUAUGAUCCCGAGGGGUGGUUUGACACUUAUCAGCCUGUAAGACGAAGCCCAGGGGGUGGAUUGCGAGAGGCGUCGAUAUUGCCUAAACGCUUGGCGGCCAGCAGAAAAUUAGAGACGAAAGAGGGCGUUACGAAUAGUGAGCAUGAUGAGUUGUAG